AUUCUAUCAUGACAUGAACGAUUCUAAUGAUUUUGUUUGUUCAUAACUAAAAGCCGAUAAAAAAUGUCGAAUGAAAAGAAAAAUCCAUUCAAUUAUUUAUUUUUUAUGUUGAGUGUUUUUGUUGCUGGUUCUGUUCUUUUUCUAGCUGGAUUCUUUCCAAUGUCAAAAAAUCUAAUUGGAAGAGCUGAGCAACAAUAUUAUGACAAAGUUCAACCCAACAAAUUGGGUGAGUAUACACUGCGACCACCUUUACCAAAGUAUGAUCGAACAAUUUUCAUGAUAAUUGACGCCUGGCGAUCUGAUUAUCCAAAUAUGACGAAUAUGCCUUUCUCUUUUCAAAAUGCUUGUAAUCAUUUACAAAUUAAAGUUGAUAUUCCAACUGUAACUAUGCCUAGACUGAAAAGCAUUACAACUGGAACAAUAUCAAACUUUAUUGACAUUGUUUUAAAUUUGGGUCAUACCUCGGAACUAGAUGACUCAAUAUUGCACCGAUUAACUGAAAAAAAUAAGAAGUCUGUAUUUGCUGGUGACCGUACGUGGAUUCAAUUAUUUCCUAAUGAAUUUCUAAGAAAGGCCGUGAAUGAGGAUUCAUUUUUUGUUAAUGAUUUUUACGAGGGAGAUUUAAAUGUAACCAAAUCGUUAAUGGAAGAACUUAAAUUGUCAGAUUGGAAUUUAAUGGUGCUUCACUAUUUGGGUCUAGAUCAUAUUGGACAUGUGGAAGGAUCGCACAGCGAUAAAAUUUUUAUGAAACUGUUAGAGAUGGAUAAUAUUGUAAAAAAUAUUGUGACGCAUCAGUUUUUUGAGAAAAGCCUACUGCUAUUAACAGGCGAUCACGGUAUGCGUAAUGGUGGAAGUCAUGGAGGCAGUGAUAGAGAAGAAUUGUAUGUCCCUUUGAUGGGAUUUCAUGAAAAUUGUGAUAAACUGAAAAGGUCUAAUUCUGAAUAUAAUCAAAUCGACAUAACUACUACAUUAGCCAUGCUAUUAGAUGUUAGGAUACCCCAUACAUCCAUAGGCUGCCUAAUACCUGAACUACUAGAAGAAGGAUAUUCCCGACAAGAUCAAUUGUAUUUCUAUUAUUAUAAUACGUUGCAUUUGAUGGAAAAAUGGAAAGCAAGAUUUAGUUUACAAGAUGCACAAUUUGAAGAUUAUUUUUCCUGGUACAGAGAUGCCAAGAUGAGUCACAAGGAAUUUAUUUCCAGUGAAGCAAAAAGUUCAAUGUCAUUUGAAAAAGCCAAACAAAAUUAUAUACGCUUAUCAAAACACAUUUCACAGUUGCUUUCUGACUCUAUGAUUCGAUACGAUAAUGUACUCAUAACUAUUGCUUUGUCCUUAACAACAUUGUGUGCUUUAAAGCUAAUAUUGAAUGUACUUUCUGGCAACGUUUCAAAUUCAUUGGAAAUCAAUUCGGUUGUUUUAAAAACAUUUUUUAUAUGCUCAUUUCUCGGCGGUUGUAUAAAUUUUGUGGCACACUUCUUCGGCUUUUUUAACACACAGGGCUUUGUUAGUACCAUUUUACUAACAUUUCCCAUAGCACUGAGUACUUAUUUCAUAAUAGAUGUAUCGAAAUUAAUAUUUUUCCUAAUCAUGUCUCGCAAAGUUAUCUUUAGAUUGAGUAUACCGUUUGUUUUGCUUUUAUUGUUUUUAUGUCAUACAGUGUCUUUGACAUCAUCAUCUUUCAUUGAGGAAGAACAUCAAACUUGGUACUACUUUACACCAUCUCUAUUGGUGUUUUUAACACUGCAAAACUUCUACAAUGACGUAAAAAGUGUUUGGCAAAAGAAUAAAUCGAUCGAAACUUUACUAGCUGAAUUUUGGAACAUGCGUUUUGUAUUUAUUCUUUUAAUGUUCAUAAAUUUUUGUCGACGUCUUAACCAGACAGGCGACAAAUGGCGGCAUUUAGUAGACAUUGGAGAUAUUUUGGCAAGAAGUGAUAAUUAUGCUUAUUUAAUUUUAAUUCAUCUGGCAGGUCUACUAGCGCUGUUUUUACUCCUAAAAAAAUACAAUUCAUCUCUUGGAAUGUUUUUUUGCUUUGUUGCAUUGUGCUGUGUAUUCUUGUAUCGCCAAGGGAAACUGGAUUCCUUUAUGAUUUUAAUGAUAUUUUGGAUAAGCGUAGUCGGCAGAGCAGUUGUGAACUAUCGUGAUAUUUGUUGUAAACAUAACAAUUAUGGAUACGAAAUAAAAGGAAAUCUAGUGGAGUUGUUAAAAACAAACAUGACAUGCAGCUUUUUAAUAUCAGCACUUCUACAUAAACCACACAAUGUGAUUUUACUGCCCGUUUUGUUGUAUACAUUGGAGAUUUCAUAUAAUCUCUGUGACAACCUGCACUUAAAAGGCAAGCGAGUUUAUAAUCGUUCUUAUGUGCUGGUCCUAAAGACUGUGAUGACAAUAUUUAUUGCAAAUAUGUUUUACUUUUUUCAAGGAAAUUCGAACAGUUUAACAACUAUUGACAUAAAUCCUGGUUACAUUGGCUUGAAGUCAUACAAUCCUUUUGUUGUUGGGGUUUUUAUAACACUAAACACGUAUUGUGCUCCAAUCAAUACAUUUCUGUACCUAAUAUGGCAUAUGUUUGCCACGCAACGGAACUUGCUACCCAUACGUCAGGAGAAGGAACAAAUUUCCAACAUGCAAUUGUUGGAAAGUACGGAAGAAGAUUUACAUUUGGUUUACAGUUUAUAUACCGCUACGACUGUUAUGCCUGUAGCGGUAUAUUGGUGUAUCCUUGUAGGUUUUCGUUACCAUUUAUUUAUUUAUUCAGUAUUUGCACCCAAAGCAUUUUAUGAAUGUUUUCAUCUAUUAGUAUUUUAUUUAAAUUUUAUUCUAACAAAUUUGUACUUUAGGUUAUUUUUAAAAUAAACGAAAAAUAUAAAAUAAAUAUUCUUUAAAAAGUA